AUGCGGCCCACCCUCCGGCUUCUCGGAUGUAGCCCCUCCUCAUUGCUAGCCAGGCUGGCACGCAACACGGAGCUCUCGCCGGCCGACGCAAAGGCCGAGCUCCGCUGGAUGCGUGCGGCAGCGGCGGGCGAGACAGCCUUGGAGGCUAUGGUUGAGCGGCGCGCAGCGGGCGAGCCGCUCCAGUAUAUUCUCGGCGACACGGACUUUGGGCCUCUGACCCUCAACUGUCGCGCACCGGUCCUAAUCCCCCGUCCCGAGACUGCGCAUAUCAUCGAGCGCCUCGCGUCUAUCCUUCCCUCCCGCCCUCUACGGGUACUGGACCUGUGCACUGGAUCAGGGUGUAUCCCUCUUCUCCUAGCACACCUGCGACCAGACCUGACGGCGGUGGGCGUUGACAUCUCGCCUGACGCGAUCGCACUCUCAAACGAGAACAUCGCGGCACUGGGGAUGGGAGAGCGGGUGAGGGUGGUACAGGCAGACAUCCUCUCACUUUCCUUCCCCGACUUUGUGCGGGAGGAGGUAGGGAAGGUCGACUUGGUGACUUCCAAUCCACCCUAUAUCCCGCAGGUUGAGUACGACGCCCUCCCGCAUUCCGUGAGGGCGUUCGAGGACCAGCGGGCGCUUCUCGCUCCAGCCCCUCCUGGCGGGGAAGAUGGGACGGCGUUCUACGCCCUCAUCGCCAAGAUCGCACCCUCUUUACUGAGUGAGGGUGAAGGCGUACGCGUCGCUGUCGAGAUUGGGGCGGGGCAGGGCAGGGCUGUCGCGGCCAUCCUUCCCGGUCGCACAGAGGUCAUGCAGGACCAGUAUGGGCGCGACCGGAUGGUCACGGCUGUGUUCUAG